AUGACAGUAGUGCUCGUCUCUCAGAGUGACCCAGAAAACAGAUUUCAGUCCAGCAAUCUGAAGCAGCAUUCACACUCUUCUGCUGGGAUUGGACUCUUCUGGAAACUGGACGUCAGAGAAAUGCUGUUCAUCUUUGGAUUGUUGCUGCUGCUGAUACCAACUGAUACAUGUGUGGAGAUGUUCUGCAGGUUUAAUCAGACAGAUCCCUGUUACGCAGCUCUGGGACACAAACUCUAUCUGCAGAUGGUGACGGACACUCGAGAUCAAGAGCUGGGGUUAUAUAAGUGGAUAAACAAUACAUUUAAGAGCUUUAUUACAGUUGAGAAGAACAAGAUUGUGUAUGAACAUGAAUCCAUUAUACACAGAUCUGAGUUUAUCAUUAAUAAUAGGACUCUGAUUAUAAACCGUGUGAUCAGAACAGAUUCAGGGACAUACAGAUUAGAGAUCUAUGAUUCAAACGGCUCAGUUACACAUGAUGUAUAUCUUCCAGUGAUUGUUGAAGUUGAGUGUUCAGUGUCUGUGGUGUUUGUGGUGGUGUGGAGUUUGGAGAUGAUGCUUCUGUUGACUCUGUUAGGAGGUUUUCACAUCUACAUCAGAUACAGCAGCACACACACAUCAGGAAGGAAACAGGAAGAGGAAAUCGCUCUAUAGAUCAAAACUGAGAAUGACAAGAUUUAGACACCGACAUCAACACAGAACAGAAGAUUCAUGAGAGAAACGGCAGAUUUCAUCACAGAUAUUAGAAAUCAUUUCAUAUGCAGUCUUUAGUUUUGAAAAUGUCUUUUGAUUUUGUAUCGACUUGAGACUCAUUUCAGUUUAUUUUUGUGUUGAAUGAACUAUCUGUGUUUUAUUUGAUUAUAUUCAUCUGCUUCUGUUCAGUCGUGAUGAUUCACUUGUCAGAAUGAUUCCUCUGAAUCAAAUCUGAAAGUAUCUCCAUACUGAAUCUCUUCCACCUUCUCCUUCUCCUCCUUCUUCUUCUUCUUCUUCUUCUCCUUCCUCGUAGUUGUUUGAGAACUGACCACAGCACACUCCACAUCCACAGCCUGGGGCGACUCUACAGACAGGAAGAUGAAAAGAUUAGACUGAUAAACACGCUGGUUUCUCUCUUCAAAUAAAUGAAUGCGGUACCAACCUUGGCCACCAGGUGCCACUAUCAGUAAACAUGUAAUCUCAUGCUUUUAAUGCUUUCUCUGUUGUUAUAUGUCAUGUGCAGACUUACAUGGUGAAAUGUAAUUAUAAUAAUAUGAUUUUAAUAUAACAAGUUUAUGCUUUUGACACACACUGUCUACUGCAGAAGUGAAGAGUUCCAGAUGAAGAAUGUCAAAUAAAUAUCCAAAUAUUGUUGGUCAGUCUAAACAUGGGCUAGACAGUUACGCUGAUGUAAAAUGCUCAUCCCAAACAAAUUGGAGAUAUAAUGGGAGAUACUUUCAGAGAUCGAAAGAGACUUUUAAGAAACUCCGUUUUUAAAUAUAAUUGUAUCACAUUAACACAUUUUCUGCCCAGUUUAUCAAAAUGAAAUGUUUAAGAUGAAAUAAUUAAGAGAAACCAUUAAAAGCAUGAGAUGACAUGUUUACUGAUAGUGACACCUGGUGGCCAAGGUUGGUACCGCAUUCCUUUUUUUGAAGAGAGAAGAAAAAAAUUAAGGAAAAAACAUUUUAAGAGAAAAAAACAUUUUUGGUUUGUUUUAAUUUCGUGUUUGUUUUUCUUUAUUUUACUUGUAUUGUUUAUUUUAUAGAUUAUACUGUAUAUUUAUUUUCUAUUUGUAGUCUAUAUAUGCUUUAUUUCAUACUGUGUGUUGGAAUGACUAUUAUCAUGUUCAUUGUUUGUCAUUUAACUGGUAUAAUUAAAAAACUCCAGUCUUCAAUGUCACAUGAUCCUUCAGAAAUGAUAGUAAAAUGUUGAUG